AGACGCAGAGAUUUGCGACGUUACAGUAGCCCAUAAAGUAUUGCACUUCGCGACUUUUGUUAGUGUGUUACUGUGUUACCGACUUGACUGGUUAGUGGUUGAAUAAAGUUGCGUACAUUUAAAAAACAUAAUUAUUUUUAAUUUCCGAUUGUAAAUAAUAAAUACUAUUAUUUGCCAUUAUGCCAGUCUCAUGUUCAGUGCACAAGUGUACAAAUAGACAGAUACGUGGUUGUUCCAAACAUUUUUUUAAGUUUCCUUUAAAAGAUCCCUAUAAACUACAAUUAUGGAUUGAUGCAGUUAAGCGUAAAGGAUUUAAUCCGAAUAAUUCUAGUAGAGUAUGUAGUGACAAUUUUUUAAGCUCCGAUUUUGUUCCAAGACCUGGAGGAAGUUAUAAAUUAAUGUUAAAAGGUGAAUCAGUUCCUUCACUUCUUAUGUCUGGAAGUUUGGAACCUCCUAAAAAAACGUGUAAUAUUGAAACUAUUCAUAAAACACCACUACAAAGUACCAAUAUGACAAUUACACCUAAUUUAAAUCCUACAAUUUUGAAAUCGCAGGAAUUUAUUGAAUCAGUUACAAUUGAUUUAUCUGUCACUACUUCACCACCAAAUGUUAGUUUAACCCCCAUUAAAACACCACACUCUAUAUCUCCUUUAUUAAUGACACCUUCAAAAUGUAUUCAGCACUCUUCUACAUAAGUAACACCUGCUAGG